UAUACACGCUACCGCGCCCUGAGGUGUCCGACUGUCCAUACACCAAACUAAAGCAACAAAUAGGGCUUCCAAAAUAACACCCUUCAAAUUCCCUCUCCUUAACCCAUUUCCCUCCUUUCUAUCUACCUCUUGAUCCGACCGCUUUAUUUGUUCUCUCUGUACAAUCAACAAUCGAUAUCCUAUCCUAUACAGUUAGGGCAGAACGAUGCCCCUCUUUAUCUCCGACGAUGAGCUCGCACGCCACUCUAACGACGUUGGUUACGUUGCGGCCAAGGCUGAUGAUUUCAUCAGAGGUUUACAAGCAGAGCUGGAGACCGUGAGGGCGGCUGCGGAUGCUGCCGCAAUCACGGCAGAGCAGACUUGCUCGCUUCUUGAGCAGAAGUUCCUGUCUCUGUCGAGCGAAUUCUCGAAGCUCGAAUCUCAAAACGCCCAACUUCAAUCAUCGCUGGAUGCUCGUCUGUCGGAGCUCGCUGAAGUCCAGGCUCAGAAGCAUCAGCUACAUUUGCAAUCUAUUGGUAAGGACGGGGAGAUAGAGAGGUUGACAAUGGAGGUCUCGGAGGUGCAUAAGUCAAAGAGGCAGUUGAUUGAGUUGAUGGAGCAGAAGAAUUCAGAAAUUAGUGAGAAGAAUACCACAAUCAGUAGCUAUCUUGAUAGAAUAGUCAACUUGACUGACAAUGUGGCACAGAAGGAGGCUCGAGUAAGUGAAAUUGAGGCAGAGUUGGCACGUUCUGUUGCCAACUGUGCUCGUCUUUCACAGGAGAAAGAACUUAUUGAGCGGCAUAAUACUUGGUUAAAUGAGGAGUUGACUGCCAAAGUUGACAGUCUCAUUGAGCUGCGUAGAACACAUGCUGAUUUUGAUAAAGAAAUGUCUGCUAAGCUUGUAGAUGCUGAGAGGCAAUUCAAUGAUUGCUCUAGCUCUUUAAAGUGGAAUAAAGAAAGGGUCAAAGAGUUGGAAUUGAAGUUAACAUCCCUGCAAGAGGAGUUAUGCUCAAGCAAAGAUGCUGCUGCUGCAAAUGAGAAGCGAUUUUCUGCUGAAAUCUCAACAAUAAAUAAGCUUGUUGAGUUAUACAAAGAAAGCUCCGAGGAAUGGUCCCGGAAGGCAGGAGAACUUGAGGGCGUAAUCAAAGCUCUGGAAACUCAUUUAAGUCAAGUUGAAAAUGAUUACAAAGAGAGACUUGAAAGGGAAGUAUCUGAAAGAAAUCAAUUGGAAAAGGAGGCAGCAGAUUUGAAGAAUAAGCUUGAAAAGUGUGAGUCUGAGGUUGAAAGUAAUAGGAAAGCUAAUGAGCUGAAUCUUCUUCCUUUCGGUGGUUUGACUGUAGAAAGAUGGAAGGAUCCAUAUGAUUCUAGUAACAUUGUUGAUGAUAACAACACACUUGUGCCUAGGAUUCCGGUUGGUGUUUCAGGAACGGCAUUAGCAGCUUCUCUUCUUCGUGAUGGUUGGAGUCUGGCUAAGAUGUAUGCGAAAUACCAAGAAGCUGUUGAUGCUCUUCGUCAUGAGCAGUUGGGGAGGAAGGAAUCUGAAGCAAUCCUACAGCGGGUCUUAUGUGAGCUAGAAGAGAAAGCUGGAAUCAUUUUGGAUGAACGAGCUGAAUAUGAUAGAAUGGCAGAAUCAUACUCGGUCAUCAACCAAAAGUUGCAGCAUUCAAUUUCUGAGCAGGCAAAUCUAGAGAAAACAAUCCAAGAAUUGAAGGCGGAUGUAAGGAGGCAUGAACGGGAGAACAAUUUGGCUCAAAAGGAGAUUAUUGAUCUUCAGAAACAGGUCACAAUCCUCCUCAAGGAGUGUCGUGAUAUACAACUUCGUUGUGGAUCUAUUGGGCAUGAUGAGGUUGAUGGCAGUAAUGCGAUUGUUGCUGUUGGGAUGGAUGUGGAGUCUGAUACUGAAAAAGUAAUUUCAGAACGGCUUUUGACCUUCAAUGAUAUCAAUGGAUUAGUUGAGCAAAAUGUUCGGCUUAGGAGCCUUGUGCGUGACCUUUCUGAUCAGAUUGAAAAUAAGGAGAUGGAGUUCAAGGAAAAAUUGGAAAUGGAGCUCAAAAAACACACUGAUGAAGCUGCCUGCAAAGUGGCUGCAGUGUUGCAAAGGGCUGAGGAGCAGGGGCGUAUGAUUGAAUCACUUCAUACUUCUGUUGCUAUGUACAAGAGGCUAUAUGAAGAGGAACAUAAGCUUCAUUCAUCUUAUUCCCGUUCUUCAGAUGCUCCUCCAGUUGCCGAUGAUGGAAGGAAAGACCUCUUGCUUUUGCUUGAAGGCUCUCAGGAAUCCGCCAAAGUGGCCCAAGAAAAGGCUUCUGAACGAUUGAGAUCCCUGGAAGAGGAAUUGACAAAAUCUAGGAGUGAAAUCAUAUCAUUGCGAUCAGAACGUGACAAAAUGGAGCUGGAUGCAAAAUUCACAAAAGAAAGACUUGACAGUUAUUUGAAAAAACAUGAGCAGCAGGAAAAUGAACUGAUUAGCAUUAAAGCAAGGAAUGCUGAGUUCACACAGUUGGUAGUGGACUUCCAAAGAAAAUUGUAUGAAAGUUCAGAAGCAUUGCAUGCAUCUGAGGACCUUUCUAGGAAGUUAAAUAUGGAGGUAUCAAUUCUUAAGCAUGAAAAAGAGAUGUUGUCAAAUGCUGAGAAAAGGGCUUGUGAUGAAGUUCGGAGUUUGUCCGAGAGAGUCUACCGCCUACAGGCUAGUUUGGAUACUAUUCAUAGCGCACAGGAGGUUCGCGAGGAGGCAAGAGCUGCUGAGAGGAGAAAACAAGAGGAGCAUAUCAGACAAAUUGAGAGGGAAUGGGCUGAGGCCAAGAAAGAGCUUGAACAAGAGCGGAACAAUGUCAGAGCUCUCACAUCUGACCGUGAAGAAACUUUGAAAAGUGCAAUGAGGCAAGUUGAGGAAAUGGGAAAAGAAUUGGCAAAUGCCUUGCGUGCUGUUUCUGCUGCUGAGACGAGGGCUGCUGUUGCUGAGGCCAAACUUUCUGAUGUGGAGAAAAAGAUCAAACCUUCAUCUGUUAAGGUCUCUAAUAAUGAUGAUAGUGGCAUAUCUUCCUCUAUUUCGACUACUGAGGUUGUUACGGAUUUGCUAAUGGCGAAGGAGGAGAUUGAAAAAUUGAAAGUGGAAGCACAGGCCAACAAGGAACAUAUGUUACAGUACAAGAGUAUAGCACAGGUAAAUGAAGCUGCUCUAAAGCAGAUGGAAGCUGCUCAUGAGAACUUUAAGCUUGAGUCUGAAAAGUUGAAGGAAUCAUUAGAAGCUGAACUUCGUUCACUUAGAGAGAGAAUGUCAGAGCUUGACAAUGAAUUGAAGCUGAAAUCUGAAGAGGUAGCCUCUGCAGCUUCAGGAAAAGAAGAAGCUAUUGCUUCUACAUUGACGGAAAUAACUUGUCUGAAGGAAGAGAACUUAAGUAAAAUCUCUCAAAUUAUGGCUUUGGAGACUCAAGUUUCUGCUUUGAAAGAAGAUUUAGAGAAGGAACAUCAGCGAUGGCGAUCUGCUCAAGCCAAUUAUGAAAGACAGGUGGUUCUGCAAUCAGAGACAAUUCAAGAGCUGACAAAAGCAUCACAAGCUUUGGCCUUACUACAACAGGAAGUUUCUGAUCUGCGCAAAUUGACAGAUGCUCAAAAAACUGAAAAUAAUGAGCUGAAGGCUAAGUGGAAGGCAGAGAAAUCAUUGCUGGAGGAAUUAAAAGAAGCUGCUGAGAAAAAAUCUAAUGAACUCAAUGAACAGAACAAAAUAUUGCAUACUCGACUUGAGGCUUUGCACAUUCAAUUGGCUGAGAAGGACCGAAAUUAUGUUGGUGUGUCUUCUGGAAGCACUGUUCCAGAUUCUGAGGGUGAUAGUGCGAUGCAAAAUGUGAUUAACUAUCUUAGAAGAUCAAAGGAAAUAGCAGAAACAGAAAUUUCUUUGUUAAAGCAGGAAAAACUUCGAUUGCAAUCACAACUUGAGAAUGCUUUAAAAGCGGCAGAAAAUGCACAGGCUGAACUACAUGCUGAACGUGCAAAUUCUAGGGCAUUAUUAUUAUCAGAAGAAGAAAUUAAAUCCCUUCAACUCCAGGUUAGAGAAAUGAAUUUGUUGCGUGAAAGCAAUGUGCAGCUGAGAGAGGAAAACAAGCACAAUUUUGAAGAAUGCCAGAAAUUGCGUGAAGUGGUUCAGAAGGCUAGGUCUCAGUCUGAUAAUCUAGAAUCUCUGUUGAGGGAGAAACAAAUUGAGAUAGAAGCUUGCAAGAAGGAAAUUGAAAUGGAAAGAAUGCAAAAAGAUCACCUGGAAAAAAGAGUUUCUGAGCUUCUUGAGAGGUGUAGAAAUAUUGAUGUAGAAGAUUAUGAUCGAAUGAAGGAUGAUUUACAGCAGAUGCAGGAAAAGAUGAAAGAGAGAGAAUCUGAGAUUGAGGGAAUCAAUAGCCUUUUAUCCAAACAGCAGGAGACUAUGUCGAAACUGGAGCAAGACCUUGGAAAGAGUGAAUUAGAGCUGAGUCAAAAGGAGCAAAAAAUAAAUGAUGUUUUGCAAACAGAGGCUAGUCUGAAAUCAGAGUUGGAGAAACAGAGGAAGUUGACAAUUCAGUGGAAGAAAAAGUUUGAAAGUUCAUUGAAGGAAAAGGAAGACUUCAGUAAGGAAAAACAAGCACUUUCCAAACAGAUUGAAGAGCUGAAACAAGGUAAAAGAUCAAUUGGAAAUGUCAGUGGUGAACAGGUCAUGAAGGAAAAGGAGGAGAAAGAACAUAGAAUACAGAUUUUGGAGAAAACUUUGGAGAGGCAGAGAGAAGAGUUGAGAAAGGAAAAGGAGGAUCAUCGGUUGGAAAAAGCGAAGCGUCUGACAAGAGAGAAAGCUAUUAUGGAUAAAGUUAAAAAUGUCGAACAGGAAAAGACAGAGUUCACAAAUAAACUAGAGAAGCAUAAGGAGGCCUUGAGGCGACUUUCUGAUGAACUAGAAAAGAUUAAGCAUGCUGAAACCAAUCUCCCAGAGGGUACCUCGGUGGUUCAGAUUCUUUCUGGGACAAUCCUGGAUGAUAUUUCUGCUACUUAUGUAUUGGCUGUUGAAAAUUUUGAGAGGACUGCAACUUCUGUCGCCAUUGAGCUUGGAGCUGGUCCUGCCCCUGCAGAGACAUCUACUCCUGAUGCUCCUCCUACAAAUUUUGCAGGUCAGUCUGCCAUAAGUUCUUCGGUGGCCCCUAUAACAAGUCAUGUAGCUUCUAAGGCAGCAGAAGAAAAGGAGCGGCGAGUUCCCAUACCUAAGACCAACAUUGAAACUCGAAAAACAGGAAGGAAGUUGGUUAGGCCCCGGCUUGUUAAACCUGAUGAGCCUCAGGGUGAUGUAGAUAUGCCAGAUGUGGAUGGAUCCAACACGCAGGCGAAGGUUGCCCCGUCUCAUGAACCUGAAACUCAGCGCAAUCUCAACUUACCGUCUCAACCAACUGCUCGCAAACGCCUAGCUUCAUCUGCUUCCGAGUUGAGUGAACAGCCCCUUAAUCAAGGGGAGACCAGUUCUGAUACUGGAGUACCUGCUGUAAAGAAACCAAAAGGUUCCAAUUUUUCACUUGAGAGUACUGAAGGUCAAACUGUUACUCCUACAGAAAGUAGGGUGAUCCCGCCAGCAGUUGAGGAAGCAUCAAUUGCUGUUGCUGUUGCUGAUGUAACUAACGAGGAAGGUGGUGCUGAGAAGGAUGAGGGUGAGACCAUUGGGGAGAAAAAUGAGGUGCCAAAAGAUUCAGAGCAAUUAGAUGAUCCCAUUGAAUCACAGAACGAGAAGAACAAUGUUGGAGAAGAGACUCUGGAAAAUCCAAGUGGAAUUGGAGGGGAGUUUGAUGGCAAUUCAAAGGAUCAGGCUGUAGAAGAGAACCAGCAAUCUGUCUUAGAAUUUGAGAGUGAAAAGGAAGAGGGAGAGCUGGUGCCUGAUAUUGCAGAAGCUGAGGAAGGCACCGAUACAUCUAACGCAGUGGGGAGUCCAGAAGUUGGGGAGGUACCUGAGGGUAGCACUACUCCUGUUGCCUCGCCAGCAAGGAUUGAUGAUGAAGCUGUAGUUUCUGCAGGAGUGGAAUUGGGUGAGAUCAAUUCUCCUGAGGCUGUUAAUGAGGAGAAGAAUGACGAAGGUGAUGUAGUUGAGGAAACUGUGGAAGGUUCUGACAAGUCAAAUGAUGGUAAUGAUCAGAUUACUGGAGAGAGUGAUCAGAUUCCUGAAACUGCUUUAGUACCUGCUGAGAAUACAACAGCCACCAUGAAUGCGGAAGUUGAUGUCUCAAAACAAGCAACAGAGACUGAAGAGGUUAAACAAGUAUCACCUGCGAGUAAUACCUCAACUGUUGUGAAUUUGGCAGAGCGAGCAAAAGAGAGAGCCAUGCUUAGACAAUCUGGAAGUGCAGUGCUUUCUCCUCCUGGCAGUAGAGGCCGUGGACGACAAGUACGUGGUCGAGCUGUACGAGGUGCACGUGGUGGACGAACUGGUCGUGGGCAUACUCCCGGUCAACAGGGAUGAGCUUCGUUAGUAUAAUUAUAAUACCGUUUUGAUGUUCCCUUAUUUUGGAAAACAUUUUUGGUCCGGAAACUUUGUAAUUUUUAUGUGCAUUAGAGAAAUAUUCAAAAUUGUCUAUGCAUAGAAUUAGGUACACUAGAAAAUUUUUAGAGGAAGUGCUGUCAUUUUGUUAUCAGUAACCUGUUCUUCCUAACGUAUUAUAUUUUCCUUUUUAAUUAAUUUUUUUAACAAGUGACAAAA